CUGCUCGUUUCCGGGCACGCGGGCUCACCCUUCGUCUGCCACGUCGGCCAUUAACAGAUCACAAGCUUCACCGAUAAAUUUUGUUUCGGCCUGAAAUCUAGCCAACAUGCAGUACUUACGGCGUGAUAAAAAAGACGAGGAAGAAGGGCUGUCGAACCCGUUCCAAAACCUAGACAAGGGACAAGUUCUGCAGGAGGCCCGGGUGUUCAACGAAACGCCGAUCAAUGUCCGAAAAUGCAUCCAUAUCUUGACAAAAAUACUUUAUCUCAUCAAUCAGGGAACACACAUUGGCACUUCAGAAGGCACUGAGACAUUCUUUGCUAUGACAAAGCUUUUCCAGUCAAAGGAUUUGAUGCUGAGGCGUAUGGUGUACCUGGCCAUCAAGGAGCUGGCAAACAUUGCAGAGGAUGUCAUCAUUGUUACCAGCAGCUUGACCAAGGAUAUGACUGGAAAAGAGGACAUGUUUCGUGCUAGUGCCAUCCGUGCUCUUUGCAGGAUAACUGAUAAUACUAUGCUGCAAGGGAUUGAGCGCUACCUCAAACAGGCGGUUGUUGAUAAAAACCCAAGUGUGUCAAGUGCUGCCCUCGUCUCGUCUCUGCACUUGCUGAAGCCCAACUUUGAUGUGGUGAAGAGAUGGGUGAAUGAAGCGCAGGAGGCUGUGUCCAGUGAUAAUACUAUGGUCCAGUACCACGCCCUAGGACUGCUGUACCACAUCAAGCAGAGUGACCGGCUUGCCGUAUCCAAGCUCAUUGCCAAGCAUUCCAAGCAUUCUUUGCGCUCUCCGUAUGCCGUCUGCAUGCUGAUCCGUAUUGCUACCAAGUACCUUGACGAGGAGCCAGAAGUUGCAGAAAGUCCGUUGUAUGAUUUCUUGGAAAACUGUCUCAGACAUAAGAGUGAAAUGGUUAUUUAUGAAGCUGCCAGAGCUAUCGUGAACCUGAAAAACCUCAAGUCUAAGGAUCUCUGCCCUGCUAUAUCCGUUCUCCAACUCUUUCUCAGCUCCCCUAGACCUACCCUGCGCUUUGCUGCUGUUCGCACAUUAAACAAGGUCGCCAUGACGCAGCCCAUGUCGGUGACCACCUGUAAUCUGGAUCUGGAAAAUCUGAUUACCGACGUCAACAGAAGCAUUGCAACCCUUGCCAUCACUACACUGCUCAAGACUGGAAAUGAGAGCAGCGUGGAGCGAUUGAUGAAACAGAUCUCAUCAUUCAUGUCUGAGAUCUCAGAUGAGUUCAAGAUUGUUGUUGUUGAAGCAAUCAGGUCUCUGUGCCUCAAGUUUCCAAGGAAACACCUUGUAAUGAUGAACUUCCUCUCAUCCAUGCUCCGAGAUGAGGGUGGCUUUGAGUACAAAAAGGCUAUUGUGGACACAAUCAUUACCAUCAUAGAAGAGAAUGGUGAAGCAAAAGAGACAGGCUUGUCCCAUCUUUGUGAGUUCAUUGAGGACUGUGAGCACACUGUACUGGCGACACGCAUUCUUCAUCUCCUUGGCAGGGAGGGGCCACGAUCGCAGCAGCCUGGCCGUUACAUCCGCUAUAUCUACAACAGGGUGAUCCUUGAGAAUGCUGCUGUCAGAGCUGCUGCUGUGACCUCACUUGCCAAGUUUGGGGCUCAUUGCGAGAGUCUUCUCCCAAGCAUUGAGGUCCUUCUCUCAAGAUGUCUUCUUGACACGGAUGAUGAGGUCAGAGACAGGGCAACCUUCUACCUGAAUGUCCUCAGCCAGAAAGACAAGUCUCUCUCAUCUGCUUACAUCCUCAAUGGGCUUCAAGUUUCUAUUAUUGGCCUUGAGAGAGCACUCCAUGCAUAUGUCAAAGACACCAAUCAUUCUGCCCCCUUCGACCUCAAGACAGUACCCCUGGCCACCACGCCCAUGCAGGAACAAGUCAUCAAGGCUGGAAAAACAGCCAUUGAGACUCCUGCACCAUCCACCAAGGCCGCCGCCCCAAUUGCCGCUGUCAGACAAGAUGUGUAUGCAGGUCAGCUUGCUGCUAUCCCAGCGUUUGCCAAGCUUGGUCCCCUGUUUAGAUCCUCACCCAAGCCGGCCGAGCUGACUGAAUCAGAGACUGAGUAUGUGGUGAACUGCGUGAAGCAUGUGUUCAAUGACCACAUCGUGUUCCAGUUUGACUGCACCAACACCCUGAAUGACCAAGUACUGGAAAAUGUCAAGGUAGAGAUGGAUCCGUCAGAUGGAGAAUUUGAGGUGGUAUGCCAGAUUGAGUGUCCCUCCCUACCCUACAACCAGCCUGGUACCACCUACACCCUGAUCAAACUGCCUGAGGAUCACUCGUCAGUUACAUGUACAUUCUCCAACACACUGAAGUUCCUUGUGAAAGACUGUGACCCAAGUACCGGCGAAGCUGAUGAAGAUGGCUAUGAGGAUGAGUAUGUGCUCGAGGAUGUGGAUGUGGUAGUUGCAGAUCACGUGCAACAAGUUCAUCGCCCCAACUUCCUGGCUUCCUGGGAGGAGAUUGGUGAUGAGUGUGAACUAGAAGACACCUAUGCACUCACUUCCAUGUCCAGUCUUGAGGAGGCCGUCAAACAGAUCAUCGAGUACCUGGGCAUGCAGCCAUGCGAGAGAUCUGAUCGAGUCCCCGAGGGAAAAAGUUCGCACGCCCUCCUACUCGCUGGCGUCUACCGCGGCGGUCAUGACGUGCUGGUGAAGACGCGACUCGCCUUCGACCAGGGUGUCACCAUGAAUAUCACGGUCCGCAGUCGGGAUUCCACUGUCAGCGAGGUGAUCCUUAGCGCAGUGGGCUAGGGUGACAUCAAGAGUACCACCAUUUAUCCGUGAUCAAAUCCAUUUGUUGUUGUUACAGCAAUAGGUUCAUAAUUACAUUAUGCAGGAAACCGUCAGUCAUUUCAAGUGGAAUUAGAUAUCAAUAUUCCCUGGCUUGAAGUUGAAAAUAAGAUUACUAUCAUUUUAAAUUGUGUAUCAGAUUCAAAUCCUCAAUAAAAAGAAGAAAAAGCU